CAGUGAUUUGAAUAGAUAGAGGGGUGAAGAAAUAAAUGGCAGAAAAACCCGAGGAAAAACCAGAGCCUCCAGAAGCCUCUAGUAGCCUCCCUUGCAGCUCAGAGAGCACCAGCGUCUCCCUCGUCCACGGAACUGAAGGACGACGAGAAAGGGUGGCGGUAUGGGUCAAUCCAGUACCUCUUGAUGGAGGGAUUCUCUGCUCUGGUGAAAAAGCAUCCUCGAAAUUUAGUUUCUCUCAUUUAAAGAAAAUUGUAACAUAUGCAAGGAACAAAGGAAAGCAUUCAUAUCCAUGGCUUAGUUUUUCAAUUUGGCAUCACAUUGCUAAGAACAAGCUCCACCUUUCUGAUGAAACUGCGUGGCUGUAUUUUGAGACCUUUGAUACGGUUUCUGAUGUUGAUAUCAGCGAGAGAUUAAAAUUAGUUAAUCUCCUGAGCAAAUGUCCAUCAGACGAAGAUGUUGAUAGGCUCCAUAGACAAGUUUGUGUUGAUACUCUAAAGUUUAUCGUCUUUCUUUAUCUUCAAAAUGCACCACGGCUUUCCCUCUGUGCCCCACUUGUCACUGGCGAGGAAUGGCCUUCCCCAGAAACAGACAAAAAACUAAAGUCCUCAUCUGAUCAUGCGCAUUUGGCUUUUGUUCGUGGACAUUUACACGAGAUACUUCAGUUGUUAUCAAAUGCAGAUGGUAUGAUUGGAAUGGAAGGUGUAAGAGCACUAGAAUUUCUACUUCUGUCAUCAACUGAUAAACAAUCACACACUCCUCUCACUUCACUCUCACUCCAGCCUAAUGAGAUAACCAGUAAUGGAUUAUUAGAAGAUGGGAGCUCUUUCUCUCUUCCACUAUUUGAGACAUGGCUGCGGUCUCAUUUAGUGAUUAAUCCCUUUGGGAGUCAGGCAAUGAAGGGAGGGGCCAGGGACAAGAAGUGUCCUUGUUUUCGGAGUGAGAGUUACGGACGAGUUGUAUCCAAUAUACAACUGGCACCCAAAGGAUCUCACUCAGUUUUGUUGCAUGGGAUCACGAAGCAGACACUAGCAAAGGAUCAGAGUGGGCUGGAAGGUGCUUCGGUUUACAUAAGAAACUGCAAGUCCUCUUAUAUCUAUCUCCUUGGACCAAUAAAGUCCAUUGUGAUUGAGAAGUGUUCAAGAUGUGUCCUAGUAUUAGGUACAGUGGAGAGGAGCAUUAUCAUCAAUAACUGCAACGCUCUCUGUCUUGUAACUGCUUGCAGGAGAUUACAUAUGAGCUCUACCUCUCAUUCAGCCAUUCACCUCUUAACGAUGACGCCUCCACUACUCUUCCCCAGUAAUCGUGAUAUCAUCUUUGCUCCAUAUAACACUUACUAUCCACAACUUGAGACUCAUUUGGCCUCCGCUGGUCUCUCGCCGGACAUUAACAUGUGGGACAAGCCACACCUACUUUCGCCGGGCUCUGAUUGGUCGCUGAUGGAUCCGAGGAACUUUUAUUCCAUGGAAGUUCCUUUUGUAAUGGAAGGAGACACAAAGAGAAAUCCGUGCAAGCUCCCAACGGUUUAUAAAGAAGCAUUGAUUCAAAGACAAAGACGAAUCGCUGAGUGGCAACAAACAGUCAAAGACGCUCGUCUCUCACAAGAAAAGCAACAACAACUUCAAAAAAUCAUACAAGAUCGAUUCAGAGAAUGGCUAGAAGCUACAGGACAUCAAAGAGAGAUUUAUGAUUUAGGACAUGAUCCAACGGCUGGUUCUAACACUUCUACGAUGAAAUGAACACGGAAAGAAUAAAAUAACAAUGAAACUUGUUAGAUAUGAUAUAAUACGUGUAUAUCCACACAUCACCCACACAAACAUGGCCUAACCUGUCAUAAAUUAAAAUUGCAUCUAUUUUGCUUGAAUAUCUAUCACUUAUGUAUUAUGUUAUAAUAAUAGAUAUAAUUUCACUGUCUCAGACUUGGUGGGAAAUUUUUAAAAAUAUA